AUGGGAGAGUGCGCGCCUACGGCGGCGGUCGCCACGACGUCGACGGCCAAGACGUCAGUGUGGUGGGACAUCGACAAGUGCGCGGUGCCCCGCGGCCGCUGUGACCCGCACCGCAUCGCCCACAACCUCAUCGCCGCGCUCGCCGCUGCGGGGUACGUCGGCCCCGUCUCAAUCGCUGCCUACGGCGACGCCGCCCGGGUGCCCCCGCCCGUCCUGGCAGCGCUCUCCGCCACCGGCAUCUGCCUCAACCACGUCCCCGCCGGGAGCAAAGACACCAGUGAGAAGAGGAUGCUUGUCGACAUGUUGUUCGGGGCAUUCGACAAUCCUCCACCGGGCAACUACUUACUUAUCUCAGGCGAUCAGGCUCUCUCUUAUCUCCUUCACAGACUUAGGAUGAAACGCUAUGAUAUCUUGCUAGUACGACCUCCCAAUGCAUCAUCUCAGGUGCUUGCUGCUGCAGCUAAGAAGGUCUGGCUCUGGGAAAACCUUACAGCAGGAGAGUUGCUGCUACCAGAGCCGACACCUGCAAGAAGUGUGCUAGGUUGCAAGCUGCAUCUGAAUAGUUCAGAUACCUUGAAGUGUUCACAUAGUAAGGUUCUUUUUGAUUAUGGUAAGAGUGACUGUAAUGGAAAGGAAGGCAGUCAAAUUAGAGUGAGAACUCUUCAAAAGUAUGUUAAGAAGGCAAGUUAUUCAUCUACUACUGAAAUUAGUCAAGAUCGUGUAGUGCCAGCUGGUGGAGUUUCUCGAAGUUCUACAGGAAGGACACUGAGAAUUGAGCUAGACCAAGCUUCUGUUUCAGCAUCGCCUACUUCUACUCAGUCCCAUUCAUCAGCUCAAAGACCUAUAGCUUCUGCUCAUUUGCAUAAAGUGAAAGCACCACAUGAAUCCAUCCUUGGUAAGAAGCCUAGCACGUCAGUUGAGUUGCAUCAAGUGAAAGCGCCACAUGAAUCCAUCCUUGGUGAGAAGCCUAGCACAUCGGUUGAGUUAGUGAGAGUACCACAUGAGUCCAUCCUUAGUAUAAGGCCUAGCACAUCAGCUGAGCAUGCAUCAAAAAAUGGGACACAUGAUUCUGAUGUUUGUGCUAUCAAUUAUAAUCCAACAUGUCAGCAAUUCAAAUCUUCUGAAGCACAGAAUAAGCUCCACUCUUGCUCUAAUGUGGGUGGCAGCAGUGGGAAGUUAGGAAAUGAAUACAAGACCAAUAAAGAGCAACCCUAUGCAAAAUGGAUAAAUAUUUUCACAGCUUCAGCAAGCAAUGAAAUAAAUCCAUCUACUACAACUUUUGAUAAUUCUAACGGAAGUACUUCGAGAUAUCCAAGUCAAUCUUUGUCAGCAUCGUCAAGCUCUAAAUCGCUUCAGAGUGCAAAGGUGAAUGACUCAAAUCUGUUGUUAUCAGAUCAUAUUUCUUUACUUGCUGAUAAUUUGCAUCAGGAUGGAGCAACAUCCAUUUUUGGUAAGAAGAAUAACACAUCAUUUCAGUGCACUGCCAAAAGUGGAACUUUUGUUUUUGGUGCUAGUAGUGGCCAGUACCAUCAGACAUAUCAGCAAGCCCAGUCUUCUCUGCCAUUAGAGCAACAUAAUUCAGGUACUAGUAUAGUACAUGGUCAUUCCGACUCAAUAAAUUCGCAUAGAGGCAGCACUGCUUCGCCAUCAGUUGAGCAUAAUGGUGCUCCUUUUGCACAAACCCAAACAUGGUCCAGUGGCUCAGCUUUUGAAGGCCUCAAGGUCCACCUACUAAUGGUCCUUCAAUGGGAAAUGCCAGAUAAUUCUGGGCAUCCUGUAGGUUUUCACGAGAGCAGAUCAUCUUUUCACUUGGAUUCUAACUCCAGCUGCUAUCUGAAUCACUCUAGUGACCCUCAAAGUGGCCAACCUCCUUUCAGUGGCUAUACUUGCACAUUCGGGCACCAACCUAAUAUGUUCAGUGAUAUGCAAAGCUCUGAACACUCUGGAGAUAAGCCAAGACAUGAGCCUGAAGUAGGAAUAAUAUUGCAAGCUUUGGACAUGUUGAAGACUGAAAAGAUAUUCCCAACAGAAACAAACAUUGCAGACUGUAUAUGUUAUGGAGAGCUGAAUUUAAGAGGUUUUGAUGUUAAGAAGGCUCUUGAACUUGCCAUUCGACAUGACGCUGUCGUUAUGAAGAAAUUAAUAAAUGACAUGCCAUUAUUUGUUGCAAAAGACGAGAGCCUCUGGAAAUGUGUGAAUGUAACAAAUACCAAAGCAAAAAAUCCCACAGAGGAGCUAGAGACAGUUUAUAAGUACAUUUCAUCCCCCGAUGGCCACUCUGCAAUGAUGAAUUCUCAGUCAAGGUACCAAGCUGCAAUGAUCUUGAAGAGAUCGUGCAUGCAGCAGUAUGCACUGGGCGACAUUCUCCAGGUCCUGCAUAUCGUUAUCGUUCGAAAGAAAUGGCUUGUGCCUCAUUCUUCAGGCUGGCAGCCGCUGUCCUCAAACACAACAGCGGAUACUGCAACUACUGAUGCUGCAGGAAAAGUUAAAUCUUCUUUUCCUGUGGUCAUCUCAGGAUAG